GGAAAGAGUAAGAAGAAAGAGGAACCCACAGGGAGGCAGCGGGCUUUGGUAUUCAGAGGAUUUUUUCCCUUUGGGGAUAAAAGGACGCUUUGAAUUGAUGACUGGAGAGGUCUAGACUGCUGUUUAUGAGGAUGUUGUCAACGGGGCAGAUUAGGUGGUGUCUGUGGGCUCCACUGGUGUUGCUGGCCAUGGUUUCCCAAGUUCCCAGUAACGCACAGAGUCAAGUUCCAGCUCCGAGGAGGCUGCGUUUCAAAGUGCUGAGCUCAAGCAACCUUCUUGUUUCAUGGAAGGAACCCAAAGGAGACUUUGACAGCUAUCUGUUCCUCUACAACAGUAUACCAGGUGGUCAGCAGAGGGAGAUCAUAGUGUCUAAAUCUGACACUAACGUGAUGAUAACAGACUACAACCCCGUGAAGGCCUACACUGUCAGUGUCAUCGCUGUUAGUGGCAUUGAGCAGAGCAGACCACUUCAGGGCAGACAUAAAGCUGAAAGAGGUGAGGGUGAUGGAGGAGACAAGACUGAGCCCAAAAGGCUGACUGAUUCAGUUGUAUCUCCCGAGGAUGCCAACGAGAUCUCUGGAGCCGAUCAGUUUGUGUGCCACACUGAGGCCAUUGCAGAUAUCGUGAUCCUGGUGGACGGGUCCUGGAGUAUUGGUCGGCUCAACUUCCGGCUGGUCCGCAUGUUCUUGGAAAACCUUGUCAAUGCAUUUGAUGUUGGCAUCGAUAAGACGAGGAUAGGUCUGGCUCAGUACAGUGGUGAUCCCAGGAUAGAGUGGCAUCUAAAUGCUUUCUCCACUAAAGAUGCCGUCAUUGAUGCCGUCAAGAACCUGCCCUACAAAGGAGGAAACACUCUCACAGGUCUGGCGUUGACUUAUAUUUUGGAGAAUUGUUUCAAGCCUGAAUCUGGUUCACGGGUCGGUAUACCCAAGAUUGGGAUCCUUAUCACUGAUGGGAAGUCCCAAGAUGAUGUCAUACCGCCUGCCGAGAGCCUGCGAAAUGCCGGUGUUGAGCUGUUCGCUAUUGGUGUGAAGAAUGCUGAUGAGAACGAGUUGCUGUCCAUCGCCUCAGAGCCGGACAACACUCACGUCUACAACGUGGCUGACUUCAACAUCAUGAGCUCCAUAGUGGAGGGACUGACCAGAACAGUGUGCGAACAAGUGGAGCAGCAAGACAAGGAGAUCAAGCAAAAACAGACACCAGAGGUGAUGGGGGCUCCACUUGACCUGGUGACAUCAGAAGUGACAGCCCGAAGCUUUCGGGUUUCAUGGAGCCACGCCCCUGGAAGCAUAGAGAAAUACAGAGUGGUUUAUUACCCUGCUCAGGGAGGAGAACCACAGGAGGCGGUAGUGGACGGUAGUGAGACUUCAGUGGUGUUACAGCAUCUCAGCUCUCUCACGGAGUACCAGCUGGCUGUGUUUGCUGUGUACGCAAACGAGGCAAGUGAAGCUCUGAGAGGAUCAGAAACAACCCUGGCCCUCCCCACUGUGACGGGCCUCGAGCUGUCAGACGUGACUCACAGCACCAUGAAAGCAAGAUGGGACAGUGUGGAUGGAGUCUCUGGCUACAUGCUCCUGUAUGCACCACUUACAGAUGGUGGAGACUUGGAUGAGAAGGAGGUCAAGUUGUCAGAUUUAGUGACAGAGCUGGAGCUGGAUGGGUUGAUGCCUCACACUGAGUACACCGUCACUGUUUAUGCCAUGUAUGGUGAGGAAGCUGGUGACCCUAUUACAAACCAGCAAACUACAUUACCGCUGAGUGCUCCCAGCAACCUCCAGUUCUCCGACAUCACUCACAACUCUGCCCACAUCAGCUGGGACCCCGCGCCCAGGGGAGUUAAAGGUUACCGCAUCAUGUGGGUCAAAACAGACGGACUGGUCACGGAGGAGGUGGACGUGGGUGUUGGGACCUCCUACGACCUCAGUGAUUUGACAUCUCUGAUGGAGUACUCAGUGGCCAUCUUUGCCCUGUACAACGAGGGCCAAUCAGAGCCACUCACAGACGGAUUCACUACCACUCCAGUUCCUGGUCCUUUGAAUGUGCGCUCCAGUGAUGUCAGCACAGACAGUUUCCAGGUCAGCUGGGAUCACUCAGCCAGUGAUAUUGUCCUCUACAGGCUCUCCUGGGCACCGUUCACAGGUGGCGAUACAAAGGAGGUGGUCUUGAGUGGAAGUGAUAACAGGUACACCUUGAUCGGUCUGAGUCCGUCUACUGAGUACGAAGCUAUGUUGACGGCCGUAUUCAAAGAUGAUUCAGAGAGCGACACUGUCUCAGUUAUAGAGACCACGUUGGCUGAGACAACAACGAUUGCUACCACAACCACAGUGGCGCGUCAGGCUGUGAGGAACCUUCAGCUGAGUGACGAGACCACCCAGAGCUUAGAGGCAUCAUGGGAGAUGGACGACCCCCACGUGCAGAGCUACAGGGUCACAUACGCCGGCCUCAGGGGCGACCACAAAGAGGAGUCUGUGUUACUUCCUGGUGGUCAGAGGAGAACAGUGAUCGAACCUUUGCUGUCAGACACCCAGUACAAAGUGACAGUCACACCGGUGUACACCGACGGACAGGACGGCGUCAGCGUCUCUGCCCUGGGUGCCACAUUGCCCCUCUUGUCUCCUGGAAACCUACGUGUGUCAGAAGAGUGGUACAACCGCUUCAGGGUCACCUGGGAUCCACCUCCAUCUCCUACAGUGGGUUACAGGAUCGUCUACCAGCCCAUCUACGUUCCAGGACCAGUUUUGGAGACAGCGGUGGGUGAAAAUGUGAACUCCAUGCUCCUCCUGAAUCUACUAAGUGGGACGGAGUACAGUGUUCAAGUGACGGCUUCCUACCCUACUGGACAAAGUGAACCACUGCUAUUGACUGCCAAGACAAUGUUCCUUGGUGUCUCUGGCUUGUCAACCUACCAGAUUCGCCCGAACAGCAUGUGUGUCCAGUGGCAGCCUCUUCUACAGGCCACAUUGUACAGAGUCUCCAUACAGUCUCCACUCAAUGGUCAGAAACAGGAAGUGAGCCUGGGAGGUGGUGCUUCCCGACAGUGCUUCUAUGACCUCACUCCCAGCAGCCAAUACCAGAUCAGCGUUCACACCCAGAUGCAGGAAAUGGAGGGACCUUCUGUCUCCAUCACUGACAUGACGCUACCAGCGCCCACUCAAGCUCCAACUGAACCUCCGACCACUGAGCCCCCUCCAACCAUCCCACCUGCUAAAGAAGUGUGUAAGGAGGCCAAGGCUGACCUGGCAUUUCUGGUCGACGGUUCCUGGUCCAUCGGAGACGACAACUUCAUGAAGAUCACACGUUUCCUCUACAGCACCAUGGGAUCGCUGGAUCUGAUCGGACCAGACGGCACCCAGGUGGCCAUUGCUCAGUUCAGUGAUGAUGCUCGGACAGAAUUCCAGCUGAGUUCCCAUGGCAACAAGGAAGCGCUGCUGGAAGCUAUUCAGAGGAUCAGAUACAAAGGAGGAAACACCAAGACAGGUCGGGCCAUCAAACAUGUGAAAGAGUCUAUUUUCACCCCAGAGGCUGGAGCUAGAAGGGGUGUUCCUAAGGUCCUGGUUGUUCUCACUGAUGGACGUUCACAAGAUGAUGUCAACAAAGUAUCCAAGGAGAUGCAGAUGGAUGGCUACAUCAUCUUUGCCAUUGGCUUUGCGGACGCAGACUACGGGGAGCUGGUGAAUAUCGCCAGUAAGCCCAGCGACAGACACGUCUUCUUUGUGGACGAUUUGGAUGCUGUGAAGAAAAUAGAAGAGCAGCUCAUUACUUUUGUCUGUGAGGCUGCCACUGCUACUUGUCCAUCUGUUUUGAUGAGUGGUAACACAAUGGCAGGUUUCCGCAUGAUGGAGAAGUUUGGCCUAGUAGAGAAGGAGUACAGCACCAUACCUGGAGUUUCUCUGGAGCCUGGUUCAUUCAACAGCUUCCCCUGUUACAGAUUACACCGUGACGCCCUGGUGUCACAGCCCACCAAGUACCUUCACCCUGAAGGUUUACCCUCUGACUAUACCAUUUCUAUGAUGCUCCGCCUACUUCCUGAGACCCCGCAGGAGCCCUUUGCAUUGUGGGAAAUCCUCAACAAGGACAACGAGCCAUUGGUGGGACUGAUUCUAGACAACUCUGGAAAGACCUUGACAUUCUUCAACAAUGACUACAAAGGAGACUUCCAGACCGUCACCUUUGAAGGAAAUGAAAUAAAAAAAAUCUUCCAUGGCAGCUUCCACAAGCUCCAUGUAACCAUCAGCAAGACAUCUGUGAAGGUGGUGUUAGAUUGCUCCGUGGUUGGGGAGAAAUCCAUCAACGCUGCUGGGAACAUUACCACCGAUGGAGUGGAGAUCCUCGGGAGGAUGGUUCGGUCCAGAGGCAGACGGGACGUCUCUGCUCCAUUCCAGCUCCAGAUGUUUGACAUCAUCUGCAGCACAUCCUGGGCCAGCAGAGAUAAGUGCUGCGAGCUGCCAGCAUUGAGGGUUGAGGAGCAGUGCCCUUCCAUGCCUCAUGCAUGUACCUGCUCCCAGGACAGCAAAGGACCUCCAGGACCUUCCGGGCCCCCUGGCGGCCCAGGCAUAAGGGGAGCCAGAGGAGACAGAGGAGAGCCAGGAGUGACGGGACCUCAAGGGCCAGUGGGAGAGAUUGGCCCUCCUGGACCCUCUGGACCACCUGGUCCUCAGGGACCCAGUGGUCUCUCCAUUCAGGGACCCCCGGGUGCGGCUGGAGAGAAGGGAGAGAGAGGAGCAAUUGGUCCAGCUGGACAAAUGGGUGUUCCUGGAAGCCCGGGCUCCAAUGGCAGAGACGGCCCCCCAGGAGUAAGGGGUCUGCCGGGUAACGUUGGACCACAGGGACGACAAGGACCCCCUGGACCAGUUGGGUCCCCGGGAGCACCAGGAGCUCCAGGACCUGGUGGCUCAUCAGGGUCCCAAGGAGAUCAAGGACUUCCAGGUCCUGCUGGUGCCAAAGGCGAUAAGGGAGAAAGAGGCGAUGUGCAGUCCCAAGCUGCCGUGCGUGCCAUCGCACGGCAAGUGUGUGAACAGCUCAUCCAGAACCACUUGUCUCGCUAUAACUCCAUACUGAACCAGAUCCCCGUCCAGUCUGCGGUGUCAGUCCGAACAGUGCCCGGACCGCCCGGAGAGCCGGGUAGGAGAGGCCCCCCGGGACCUCCGGGAGAGCAAGGCCCAUCCGGCAGGCCAGGCUUCCCUGGUACCAAUGGCCAGAGUGGGCGACCAGGAGAGAGAGGCCUGUCGGGAGAGAAGGGAGAGCGGGGGAGUCCAGGGGUUGGGACUCAGGGACCACGAGGACCACCCGGACCUCCAGGCCUGCCGGGUGAAGGGCGGACAGGCAGCCCGGGCUCCCCUGGCCGGCCUGGUAACCCGGGGACAUCAGGGAGGCCGGGUAAUCCGGGUACCACGGGACCAGCUGGCCCACCAGGAUACUGUGACCAGAACUCUUGUAUGGGGUACAACGUCGGAGUCCAACCCCUGCCUCAUGGUGGCUACCAGCCCUACAACCAGCCCUACAACCAGCCAUACAACCCUGCUGCAGUGGCUUACAACAACGACCAAGGAGGAGAAGACGAGGAGGAGGAGGAGGGAGAGGAAGAGCAGGACCCCUAUUAUCGUGGUUACCCCCCUCAGUACUACCCCCAACGGCCCUCCCAACUGUCCCACGGUUACCGCUCGAGCCCCACCCACUCUGAGGACAUGGAGCUGAGGUCGCCGGGCGUCGCCAGGAGGUUCCCGCGUUACGUCGUCAUGGAGGAGAGCGAGGAGGGAGGACCUUAGAGGAAGGACGGACUCACCUAAAGUGCUUGAGCCCUGCAAGCCACAACACACACACACACACACACACACACACACACACAUAUUCACACGUGGAAACAAAUCAGACACAGACACACACACAUCUGAAACUGUGGUGAGAACCCCCUCCCCUCCCUCUGUAUCCAGUGGUUUUCUCCACCAGUGUAAAUAGCUCUGUGGACUCUUGUACGAUAUCUCUGUAAAAGGGGGUCCGAAAAGUGCCUGAUCUAUGUUAGCAUCGUCCAGUGGUUAAUGUAAAGGUAAGACCUGUCUCUCCCCAUCUCACAGCUGAGUUCAGGACUCAACCCUUCUGUUUGUGUGAAGCUGCAUGUCUCCUUGGAGCCAACCAUUGAGUGUGUAACUGGACAUGUGCAUCUUGUUUUGGUUGUGUGUAACUAGCUAGAUUAUUUUCCAAUUCAAAUCGAGGACGAUGAGCCGGCAACAUUUGUACAGGCUGCUUUUUAUAACGAUGAGUCACGAUUCCCUCGCCCUUA